AGUAACAAUCACACAGCAAGAUGCGUUUGGGACAGACCGUACCUAACUUCCAGGCCGACACAAUCAAGGGGCCCAUCAAAUUCCACGAGUGGCAGGGCAACUCUUGGGUGGUGCUCUUCUCCCACCCCGCCGACUUCACACCCGUCUGCACCACUGAGCUUGGCAGGAUUGCGGUGUACCAGCCGGAGCAAAAGAAGGAUCCUGAGGUGGGCAAGACCAUCCGGGCCUUGUUCAUCAUCAGUCCGGACCAUAAGGUGCGCCUCUCCAUGUUCUACCCCAUGUCCACUGGUCGCAACGUCGACGAGAUCCUGAGGACCAUCGACUCUCUGCAGUUGACUGAUCGCCUCAAGGUCGUGGCCACUCCUGCCAACUGGACCCCUGGCACUAAGGUAAUGAUCCUGCCCACCGUCACCGAUGAGGAGGCCUAUAAACUCUUCCCCAAGGGAUUUGACAAGGUUUCCAUGCCGUCUGGAGUAAACUAUGUCCGUACCACAGAUAAUUAUUAGAUUUUAUUUAUGUAAUCAACUUCGUUAUAUACCAUUUACUUGUUAUAAAGUACCAGAUUUUAGUGUACAAUUCACAGAAAUCGCUUUGUAUUUUAUAUUUUAAAACAAUUUUCAUAUUUACAGUGCAUUUGCUUUGCUACUCUAGGUACAUAAUCAAAGUUUUAUUAAAAUGUUACAUAAAUACGCGCAUGUA